CUCGGCACACUUUUCUCACUCGCCAAACCGCAAGUCAUGCGCCCGACGACCGUCCUCACGGCGACACUCGCUGUUGCACUCCUUGCCACGGCUGCGUGGGGCGCCACCACCGCGCCUCCCCCGCAGACCAACCUCCGCCCCACCAUUGGCAUUCUCUCGCAGCCGACCUUUGGCACCCUCGCCAACUGGGGCAAGCAGUACAUCGCAGCAUCGUACAUCAAGUACGUGGAGGGCGCCGGAGCGCAGGCGGUGCCGAUCCGGUACGACCUUCCCGCUGAGGAGAUCACCGAGCUGUUCCGCUCGGUCAACGGCCUGCUCCUCCCCGGUGGCGGCGUUGAGCUCGGCGACAACAAGUACACCCAGACUCUGUUCCAGCUCCUCGACCUGGCGGUGGCGGCCAACAAGGCCGGCGACUUCUUCCCGGUCCACGGCACCUGCUUCGGCUUCCAGGAGAUCGCCAUGUACGUGGCCAACGACCUCAACCUGCUGAUCAACACCGACUCGGAGAACCUGACCCUCCCGCUCGAGUUUACUCACGCUGCGGCGUCGUCGGCUAUGUUCGGCGAUGCGCCGGCGGAGAUCAUGGACAUUCUCGCCAAGCAGCCGGUGACCAUGAACAACCACCACUAUUCGCUCUCGCCGGCCGGCUUUGCUGCCUCGUCCAACCUCACAGCCUUCUUCAACGUCCUCUCCACCAACGUCGACCGCAACGGCAUUGAGUUCAUCUCCACCAUGGAGGCCAAGGACAUGCCCAUCACCGCCACCCAGUGGCACCCGGAGAAGCCGCUCUACGAGUGGGACCCGGUCGAGGUCAUCAACCACUCGUCCGACGCGGUCAAGGCCAUGCAGUUUACCGCGCAGGCCUUUGUCUCCAAUUCGCGCUCCAACUCGCACACCUUUGCCUCGCAGACCGCCGAGAACAAGGCUCUCAUCUAUAACUUCAAUCCGGUCUACACCGAGCAGGCUGUCAACUCGUUUGAUCAGUGCUACUUUUGGUGAGCGCACUGCCGCUGACCUUGCGAAAAAGGGGGUAAACAAGCGUGCGUGUUUUA